CGCCAGUCGCGCACCAGCAGCGACCACAGACGGCAGUGUUCCCCGCCCGCUCCCAACCCGCGCCGCGCCGCCCGCUGCCACCACCACCCUCACGCCCGCACCGCGCCGCACCUCGCCUGCCCCGACCCGACCCGCCGCGCACCGCCACGCCAGACUUCAAGCUCCUGUUAGCUCCUCGCCGCGGCCCCGUCAGGCAGGACCCAGCAGCAGCAGCAGCAGCAGCAGCAUUAGGAGGCAGACACGCACGCACACACACGCUCCCGGGCACUAUUCUUGCGGCCACGGCGGCAGCAAGCGUGGGUCGACCUGCAGCACACGGGCUAUUUUAGAGAGUGUCUGGCGCCGCGCCACCACGCCACCCCGCCGCCCUGCCACCCGCUCCUGCCUCAGUCUGGUGGAGGCCUCAGGUGUAGUGCACGCAGCACCGCGGUGCGCCCGUCAUGCUGUGACGCCCUCCGCACCUCCACCACCACCAGCGAGGAGGCGCCGCACGACGCCGCCACCACCACAGGAAGGUGACCGUGGUGUCCGGUGGGCGAGGCUACUCCGGGAUUACCAGUGAUGCGCCCCUGCCCCCGCCCCCGCCCCGUCACGCCCUACCGCUAGCCACACCGCCCCGCACCGCGCCGCCCCGCACCGCGCCGCCACCGCCGCCGCUGCAGCAGCAUAACAUAACGCCGCACACACGCACGCUCCUUACACUCACACUCUCACACAUCUAUCAGCAGUUUGAAUUUGGCGGGAAGUGAGUGUGUGGUGUGGGUGGCGAUAGCAGCGAAGCCCCGCCCCGGCCGGCGAGGCCCCUCCCUCCGGUGACCGCAGCAGCAGCAGCAGCAGCAGGAGGCUCAGGUGUGUUCAGGAUGUACGGGCCAGGUGCGCCAGAGUACUGCCAGGCGGGCGAGGAGGAGGACGAGAUGGCGGCCACGGAGCGCGAGUUAGCGGAGGACGCGCAAUGGAAGAGAAUCCAGCAGAACACGUUCACACGGUGGGCCAACGAGCACCUCAAGCAGGUGUCCAAGCACAUCGGCAACCUGGAGACUGACCUCAGCGACGGCCUGCGCCUCAUCGCCCUCAUCGAGGUGCUGUCCGGCAAACACCUGCCCAAGCACAACAAACGACCCACCUUCAAGAGCCAGAAGCUGGAGAAUGUGUCCGUGGCGCUCCAAUUCCUUGAGCGAGACGAGAACAUCAGGAUCAUCAAUAUAGACUCUUCGGAUAUCGUGGACUGCAAACUCAAGCUGAUUCUGGGGCUGAUAUGGACCCUUAUCCUCAACUACUCCAUCUCCAUGCCCAUGUGGGAGGGCGAGGACCAGAUGGUGGCCCCGGGGGAGAAGGGACCCUCGCCCAAGCAGAGACUGCUUCACUGGAUCCAGAGCAAACUUCCAGAUCUUCCAGUGACCAACUUCACCAGCGACUGGAACGAUGGGCGAGCUGUUGGCGCCCUGGUGGACUCUGUGGCGCCUGGCUUGUGUCCUGAUUGGCCAGACUGGAUCCCUGCUGACGCCCUCAACAAUGCCACCGAGGCCAUGAACAUUGCUGACAACUACCUCGGUGUGCCCCAGCUGAUCACCCCUGACGAGAUGGUGAACCCCAACUGUGAUGAACAGUCCAUGAUGACCUACCUGUCCCAGUACCCGAACUGCAAAUUGAAGCCCAACGCCCCGCUCAGGCCACGCACCAACUCCUCCAAUCGCUCAGGAAACCCAAUGGUGCGCUGUUACGGCCCUGGUGUUGAGCCGUCAGGACCAGUGGUGGGCGCCCCGACACACUUCACCAUCGAGACCUUCAGCGCUGGAAAGGGGCGAGUGGAGGCGUACUUGCAGACACCCGAUGGACAGACAGAGGCGCUGGACUGCAAGUUUAACAAUGACCGCAAUCUCACCUACACCUGCAAAUACACGCCACAGUGCGAGGGAGACUUCAUCGUUAUUGUCAAGUUCAGUGGGCGUGAGAUCCCCAAGUCGCCAUUCCGUGUCAAUGUGUCUGGCUACGCUGGCGACCCCUCCAAGGUGACUGCCUCGGGGCCCGGCCUGGAACCAGAGGGCGUCACCAUCAACAGACCCACUUACUUUGAUAUCUUUACAAAGGAUGCUGGACGUGGCACCCCAGAGGUCGUCAUUCUCGACCCAGCCGGCCACAAGAACACAGUGCCGGUGAAGGUGCGGUCCCUGAGUGAUGAUACGUACCGCUGCGAGUAUGUGGCGUCAGGAAUCGGUCUUCACUCAGUCAAUAUCUUCUUUGCUGGACAGUCCAUCCCCGGCAGUCCCUUCGGUGUCAAGGUGUCCCCUGUGUGUGACGCCCGCAAGGUGAGGGCGUCGGGGCGCGGCCUGCAGCCCAGUGGAGUGAGGGUGAAGGACGUGGCUGACUUCAGGGUGUACACAGAGGGCGCUGGGGAGGGCAACGUGGAGGUUAAGGUCAUCGGCCCAGGUGGUGUACACGAGACCAUCAAGACCAAGCAGAUUGACACCUACACCUCCGAGUACACCUACCAGCCGAAGAAGGAGGGACGCUACAUUGUCAUGGUGUCGUACGGAGGCCAAGAGAUCCCCAAGAGUCCAUUUGAGGUGAACAUUGGCCCAUACAAGGAGACGCGGAUCAGAGCCUAUGGUCCGGGUCAAGGCGGUGUGGUGGGCUACCCGGCGCUCUUCACUGCCGAGACCAAUGGGGAGGUUGGGACUCUAGGUUUCAGCAUUGAGGGACCGUCACAGGCCAAGAUAGAGUGCAAUGACAACGGAGAUGGAUCAGCUGAUGUCCGCUACUACCCUACUGUCAAGGGGGAGUAUGCCCUUCACAUCCUAUGCAACAAUGAGGACAUCCCCGGGUCACCCUACAUCGCCAACAUCCUGCCACAGACUGACUAUUAUCCUGAGCAGGUGAAGUGCAAGGGUCCUGGCCUGGAGAAGAAUGGAGUGGUGGCCGGCAAGACAGUGGACUUCCAGGUGGACACAAGGCAGGCCGGCGACGCUCCGCUGGAUGUGACGGUGAUUGACUCGUCCUACCAGCAGGUGCCCCUCACCGCCAAGGGCAAUGGCAACGGCCUCUACGACUUCUCCUACAGACCCACACGAGGCAACAAACACACUGUCCAGGUGAACUAUGGAGGUGUGGCCACAGAGAACUCCCCCUACCGUGUGUUUGUGUCUGAGCCGUCUGUACCCGGGGCUGUGAAGGUGUUUGGCCCAGGGGUGGAGAGGGGAGUACGCUCAAACACACCCACACACUUCAACAUCGACUGCCGGGAAGCUGGGCCAGGAGAGGUGCAGAUCGCCCUGACAAACGCGCAGGGACAGGACAUUCCCAUCGACAUUAGGGACAAUCGCAAUGGUACCUUCACCGUCGACUACCUGACCCCCAGCCCCGGAGAACACCGCGUCACUGUUCUCUACGCCGGAGCUGAGAUUCCACAGUCGCCCAUCGUCGUCCCUGUGCAGUCCAAUGUUGACGUGACGAAGGUGAAGGUGGACGGACUGGAGCCAAGUGUGUUCAUCGACUCUCCAACGGACUUUGUGGUGGACACGAGAGCGCUGGCCAACCUGAAGAAGGAAGCCAAGGGAGGGACAGGCACAGGGGAUGGCAAGGUGAUGUGUGUCAUUACCAACCCGUCAGGCACACGCACCGACUCCUUCCUUAAGCCACUCACUGAUGGAACUUACAAGAUCUCUUACACGCCAUUUGAGGAAGGCCGCCACACCAUUGACCUGCUGUAUGAUGGGGUGCCAGUUCCUGGUUCGCCCUUCACUGUUAACGUGCGCCGUGGAUGUGACCCCAAGAAGUGCCAGGCGUAUGGGCCGGGCCUGGAGCAUGGCCUUGUCAACCAGGUCAACACCUUCACUGUGGAGACCAAGGGGGCUGGCACGGGAGGUCUGGGCUUGGCAAUGGAGGGUCCUUCAGAGGCUAAGAUGACCUGCAAGGACAACAGAGACGGCUCCUGCACUGUGGAAUACGUGCCCUUGGAGUCUGGAGAGUACGACGUGGCUAUCAAGUUUGCCGACCAACACAUACCCGGCUCGCCCUUCAAGGUGGCGGUGGAUGAGAGUGUGGAUGCGUCACAGGUGCAGGUGUGGGGAUCUGGGCUGGAGCCUGGCAAGGUGAGGGCUGGUGUGCCUCUUACCUUCCAUGUCGACGGCUCAAAGGCUGGCAAGGCACGUCUCGGGGUGGACAUUGCUACUGACAAAGGUCCCAUCCCCAAGGUGCCGGAGGUGAGGGACAACGGGGACGGCACUUAUGAUGUGACCUAUAUUCCAUACUCGGAGGGCUCCAUGCAGACCACCAAUGUGACCUGGGGCGGCCGUCCUGUGCCUGGCAGCCCAUACCGCACCCGAGUGAAGCCAGCAGUGGAGCCCAACAAGGUGCGGGUGUCUGGGUCAGGUGUGUCCAGCAAGGGCAUCCCAGCCUCCCUGCCCACCGAGAUGCUCAUCGACACCACCGACGCCGGCCCUGCUGACCUCAACGUGUCUGUGACGGGACCAGAUGGCCACCCGCGGAAGGUGAAGCUGGUGGACAAUGGGGACGGCACCUUCUCGGCCUCCUAUGUGCCGGACGACUGUGGCAAAUACAAGGUGUCGGUGAAGUACGGAGACCAGGAAGUGGGACACACGCCCUUCCCUGUCCAGGCCUACGCUACCGGCAAGGCCGACAAGUGUAAGAUCACAGAGGGCAUCACACACGCGCUCAACAUUGGGGAGGAGUACUGCAUCACUGUCAACGCCAAGAACGCAGGCAAUGGAGCUGUCACCUGCAGGAUACGCUCCACCUCUGGCAGUGACCUGGACAUCGACAUUGAGGACAACGACGAUGGCACCUUCAGCAUUUUCUACACCGUGAAGGACGCUGGGGAAUACACUCUCUCUGUCAAGUUUGGGGGCCAGCCUGUGCCCGAGGGAUUCUACUCCUUUACUGCCCAGUCCGAGGAGGCUUUCCAGCAGACCAAAGUCAACGGGGUCCAGUCCAGCCCGGCCAGCAGCAGCAACUACCGCCCCGUCCAGCUGUCCAACAUCCCCCUCCCUACCACAGGAGGACACGUUACUGCUGAGGUCAAGAUGCCUUCCGGAAAGUCAGACGUGCCAGUCAUCGAGGACAACCGCGAUGGCACGGUGUCGGUGCGCUACAGCCCCAGGGAGGAGGGUCUGCACGAACUGCAUGUCAAGUACAACGCUGAGCACGUGCAAGGCUCCCCCUUCAAGUUCCACGUGGACUCCAUUGCCUCUGGGUACGUGACAGCCUACGGCCCCGGUCUGGUCCACGGCAUUACUGGAGAACCAGCCAACUUCACCAUCUCCACCAAGGAUGCCGGUGCAGGUAGCUCCACUCUCCGCGGCGGUCUGUCUCUGGCUGUGGAGGGUUCAAGCAAGGCUGAGAUUUCCUGCCACGACAACAAGGAUGGCACUGUGUCUGUCUCCUACCUGCCCACUGCCCCCGGAGAGUACAAGGUGUCUGUCAAGUUUGCCGAGAAGCACAUCCGAGGCUCCCCAUACUCCGUCAAGAUCACUGGGGAGGGACGCAAGAGGAACCAGAUCAGUGUCGGUUCCCAGUCUGAGUUCAAACUGCCAGGAAAGAUGACUGAAUCAGACAUCAAGAGCCUCAACGCAUCCAUCCAGGCCCCAUCAGGUCUCGAGGAGCCUUGCUUCCUCAAGAAACUCCCUAAUGGACAUCUUGGCAUCUCCUUCACUCCCCGCGAGGUAGGAGAGCACCUGGUGUCUGUCAAGAGGAUGGGCAACCACAUCGCCAACUCUCCCUUCAAGAUCGGUGUCGGUGAGAAGGAGGUCGGCGAUGCUUCCAAGGUCAAGAUCUCCGGCAAGAGUCUGACAGAGGGACAGACACACAAGGAGAACCAGUUUACCAUCGACACAAGGGAUGCUGGGUAUGGCGGCCUCUCCCUCUCCAUUGAAGGCCCCUCCAAGGCUGACAUCCAGUGCAAGGACAAUGAGGACGGCACCCUGACCAUCGGCUACACCCCCACAGAGCCUGGUUACUACAUCAUCAACCUCAAGUUUGCCGACAACCACGUCCCAGGCUCUCCUUCACUGCCAAAGGUGACAGGCGAGGGCACCAACAGGCAGACGGAGAGGAUCAAGAGGCAGAGAGAAGCCGUGCCCUUGACUGAGGUCGGAUCGCAGUGCCGCCUGACCUUCAAGCUCCCUGGCAUCUCCCCCUUCGACCUGGGAGCCACCGUCACUUCCCCUGGGGGCGUGACAGAGGCGGCGGAGAUUGGGGAGGUGGAGGACGGACUGUAUGGUGUUAACUUUGUGCCCAAGGAGCUCGGUGUCCACACAGUCUCUGUCAAGUACCAGGAGAUGCAUAUUCCCGGAUCACCCUUCCAGUUCACGGUUGGGCCGCUGAAGGAUGGGGGGGCCCACAGGGUGCACGCGGGAGGCCCAGGGCUGGAGCGAGGAGAGCAGGGAAUGCCUAAUGAAUUCAACGUGUGGACCAGGGAGGCAGGGGCUGGCUCACUGGCCAUCUCUGUUGAGGGACCCAGUAAGGCGGAGAUCGACUUCAAGGAUCGCAAGGACGGCUCAUGCUAUGUCUCCUAUGUCGUCGCCGAGCCUGGAGAGUACCGGGUUGGCAUCAAGUUUAACGACAAGCACAUCCCAGACUCCCCCUACAAGGUGUACAUCACUCCGUCCCUGGGCGAGGCGAGGAAGGUGGAGCUGGCCCAGUUGCCGGAGCAGGGAUCCAUGCCAAACAAGGCCCAGUCCCUCCUCGUGUGCAAGAACGGAGCUAAGGGAACCCUGGACUGCAAGUUCGUGGCCCCCUCUGGUGCGGAGGAGGACUGCUUCACUGACCUGCUGGACGGGGACCUGUACAGCGUGAGGUUUGUGCCCAAGGAGAUGGGAAUCCACUACGUUCACAUCAAGUUCAAUGGCAUCCACAUCCCCGGCUCACCCUUCAGGCUCAGGAUUGGCAAGGAUGAGGCUGACCCUGCUGCUGUGUCUGUGGCUGGCAAGGGUCUCGAGUCCUGUGUGUCUGGCCAGAAGACAGACUUCAUUGUGGACACUUGCAACGCUGGGGCAGGCACGCUGGCGGUGACCAUCGAUGGGCCCUCCAAGGUGUCGAUGGACUGCACAGAGGUGGAGGAAGGCUACAAGGUCCGCUACACUCCCCUGGUGCCCGGCGACUACUACAUUGCUGUCAAGUACAAUGCCUACCAUGUUGUUGGCUCUCCAUGGAAGGUGAAGUGCACAGGUGAAGCCCACGCAGAGAAGGGCACCAUCCAGGAGUCAUCCUCUGUGGUGGUGGAGACCGUUGAGAAGACCAAGACCGGCGACAAGGGACACCACGGCACCAUCAUCCCCAAGUUCCACUCUGAUGCCAACAAGGUGACCAGCAAAGGGUUGGGACUGAAGAAAGCUCACAUCAACAGACAGAACAACUUCACCGUCAAUGCCUCUGGGGCUGGGAACAACAUCCUGUACGUGGGUGUGUACGGCCCCAAGUCGCCCUGUGAGGAGGUGUACAUCAAGCACGUCGGCCACAACAACUACCAGGUGAGCUAUAAGGUGAAGGAGAGAGGUAACCACGUUUUGUUGGUGAUGUGGGGUGACGAACACAUCCCCGGCUCACCGUUCAAGCUGGAUAUGUUCUAGGCCGCCCUAGCUACAUUACCUCUCAUCGUUUAUAUUGUAGUCGGCUACGUGGUGCGGGAGAAGGGCAACUACAUCCUGAUGGUGAAGUGGGGCGACGACCACAUCCCCGGCUCACCCUUCCAUGUGGAGGUGUAGGGAGCAGGAAAGCAGGGAAGCAGGGAAACAGACAAGCAGGCCGGGAAACAGAGCGAUUCUUGAGCACUUCUCUUCCUCAUGGCUGGUUUUCUAAAGGCUACAUAGACGAGACAGGUUUCCAUUGGUGCUUGGUGAUUAAAGGUGUUUGUCUGUCACUUUUAAGACAUGAAAGCACCUCAGAACUGAUUUUCACUAGAGGAUGUUGAGGGAUAAGAUACAAGACAGAUAAUUUAUGUUUUCAUGGUGCCUUUCAUUCUGUUACUGCCACUACAACCAUGAAAGCACCUCUAAACGACUGAUUUUCACUAUAGGAUGUAAGAAAAAGUCAAAUUGAAAGACACAGUAUUGGGUUUUCAUGGUGCCUUUCCUUGUGAUCAAGUAGAAGUGGUAUUAAUUUGUCACUGGAGCCAUGAAAGCACCUCUGAAGCACAUAACUCCCUCUAGAGCCUGCAGUAAGUAGAUAAACACUAAUACAAAGGUAAAAUAUGAAAAGCAACAAUAUUUUCACCCUCAGUGUCUGUACCUAGGCUGCAGUGGGGGUGGUUACUGUAUUCAAGGUUGUUGCCCCCGUUGCAGUGAUGGUUGGGCGACAUUUAAGACUGGUAGAGAAAGACACCCAUGGAAGUUUGGCUUUAUCACCUGUGUGGCCUUUGGAAAGAGUCCUGCUGAGGAAGGGAAGGAUUUGAGGACAGGAAUCCGUGUUUUGCUCUUGUCCACACCAGUUUAUCAUUGCCACCACCAUUACUACGACUUUUACUACUACUACUACUACUACUGCUGCUGCUGCUACCACUGUCCAUCUGCCCGCCCCCCGUCGCCGUCCAUGUCCUGUCCUGUCAUCAUUUGAGUCACGGCUGGGGAAAGAAAACGGCACAAGAUUGUCAACUUUUUUUUAUUUAUUUUUUAUUUAUUUUAUUUUUUUUCUAAUCGUGUCGUAGUUUUUUUUUUAUUCUUUUUUUCCUCUUUUCAAUAGUGUUGCUUUGUCUUGAUUGUGAAAGUUUUUAGGAAGUUUGUGUAAUUCUCUGACCAUUUUCCUUACUUUUCUAAUUCUCAUUCAUUCGCCUCGCUUUAUUAUUAUUAUUAUUAUUAUUAUUAUUAUUAUUAUUAUUAUUAUUGGUUGGUACAGUUUUCUUGUGUUUGUACAAGUUGGUGUCUUGCCUCAACAGUUCAGUUCACGCUUGGUGGAAUAGAAUAAUUGUCUUGUAUUUCUUCAGUGAGUCAUAAUUUUUGUAUCAUGAGAGUUUGGGGGUCACAUGUUUGCUUAUUAUUGUAUAAGACUAAGACCUUUUACCUUUUGUCUCUCUUCCUCCAUUUAUUAUUGUUUAUCAUGUCUACUCUUCACUCUACAACGCCAAACUGAUGUAGACCGUGAUUAUAUGUUACCUCUUCUCCUUCCUCUCUUCCUUCUCCUUCCCUUCGCUGAUUCUCUCCACUCACGGCGGACCCAACGCCACGAAAUGCCGAAAACACACACACACACACACACACACACGGAAAAAUGGAUCUUGUUAUUGUGUCUUUAUAAGUGAUCGAGUGACAUAGACUUUCCUAAUUCCUUUGUCUAAGCCACUCAAGGUGUUAGAAGUCUUACACACACACACACACACACACACACACACAUACCAACAGGAGCAUAGCUGUUUUCCUGUACAACACAACUCGGUAAAUACACGUCCAGGUUACACGGCUGCCACAUGAUACUAUUGUACCGGUGCUCCUGUUGUUGUUGUUGUAAGGUGGCUUUGCGCUUAUCACUGAUCUGCGGUGACAAUUCAGAGGGAAAACAAUACUAGACAUGAUUACGCCGCUGUUAUUAUUAUUAUUAUUAUUAUUAUAUUGUCUGUUCCUUGUUGAGUCGUUCAAAUUAUAAGAGAAAAACUCAUAGAAAAGCUUUUUAUCUAUCUAAAUUAUUAUCUUAGGUAUAUACAUAACGUACUUAAAAUAAUAACAUAUAUAUAUAUAUAUAUAUAUAUAUAUAUAUAUAUAUAUAUAUAUAUAUAUAUAUAUAUAUAUAUAUAAACAAAAAAAAACUAGAAAAAUAUUAUAAUACAUAUCUCGCUUUUGAUUUGCUGCGGGGAAUUUGUGAUGGGGGCAUGGGGAGAGGGGUGUGAUGGAGGGGGGCAGGUAAGUUAGCUGCCCCCUCCCCCCCUAAGAACAUAUCACCCCAUACCGUCCCCCGGCCUGCCCACCACGCCCUCCCCAACACUCGCUCAUAUUUUACUUAGGUAUACAUAUUUCGGGAAGCAAGUUUCUGCCACAUAACUACUGUCAUUACUGCCGGGGUAGCAGGCGGCGGCGGCCAUCUUGCUACUCCCCUCUCACCCUACAAGUGCCAACCUCCGAGGCCGCGGCGCCCCCGUGGCCGCUCACCUGUCUGUCUGCUUGGUACUCUCAUCCAGGGGACUUUUAUUGCCCACAUUUUUAAUAUUUUAUGAUGACAAAAUAAACUGCUUAAGUGGG